ACACACAAUUGGUGGAGAACUCAAGCGGACGCACACAGCCCGUUUCACACCCACACCGACCCCUCACGCACGCACGCGCACGGCAAUCAAUUAAUGUUGUAGUUGUGUAGCACGGAAACCGGGUCUAAAGUGAGAAAGCUCACUCAGCCGCCUUCGCUCUGUCGAUUGAUUGUUCGUCGAGUCUUCACCGAGCUCAUCUAGCUCUUGAUCUUGGCAGACCUGAGCUUGCAAAGAUCAAGGAAAGACGAAGAAUUGACAGCAUCCUGUUUCAAGUUUUUGAAAAUAUUAUAGUUUAGCAUCAAAGAUGGACCAGCCAAGGGAGUAGGUGAAUCGCCCGUUCUUCUAUAGAGAUAAAGCGUUCUGUAAACAAAGGUUUUAAGGACAGCACCGAGGACAGACAGGACCAGGACUACUACCAGCAUACCUACCACUUCUCUAAUGUAACAUGGACAAUGCAGGAUUUCACGCAUUAGCAAAGAGGAAAUAGAUGUUAUAGCUCCCUUUAUCAUUAAUUCAAUAAGCAGGCUUGGCAUUUGUCUUAUUGUCAGUUGUUACAAGCACUUGUUUCCGCUUAUCCAAGUCAAGACAAUUGUGGGAUCUUAGUAUUUUAUAUGUUUAAUUCUUGUGAUCUCCUUUGUCGUGGAUGGUGCGCUGUUUCUUCCUUUUUGGCAGAGAAUACAAUCUGAGGCUAUUCCUCGUGAAGAUAACUUCUUUAUCUGUCGUCGGUGCGAACAGGGAUUUCACGAAGGACAGCUCGCUCAUCAAUGGAUUUAACAUGACUAAACGAUGUCAUGCACUACACAUAUUCAUAUCCACCGGGAAUAACGUAUAUAGGCCUAACCUUCUGUCCUUAAAGUUCAGAUGAAUAUAAGGGCGGAUGUCAUCUAGGCAACAUAGGGAAACAUUUAAUCCGCGGUUCAAUAAAUAAUCAACAGUGCAGGAAAAUGCGAGGAGUGAAAACUUGGGUGAAGGUUUCUGCAAAUGGCACGACCGUAGUUUCGGUCAUAUCGCGAAAAUAACCAAAUCAUCUCCGAGGUCAAUUUUCUUGUGUGCUUGGAAUCCCGAGUAUUCGCAACAAAGGUGUCUGGAAAUACCAUCCCGAUACAAAUAUGACGGGUUUUGCAGAUUUUUACAUAUGACAAGGCUAUCCAUAGCAAACAGGGUACACCUUUUAUCAGAAAGUCUGAUCAACUAAUUGGGCGUUGGACCCUGACUUCAAACCAUAUCGCAGGCAGUUAUACUUUUGUUUGCGGCGACACUUCGGUCAGAAGGGAAGUUGACCAGGUUUUUUUUAUAAAUAUUUAUAAAACAUUACAGCAUCCCCAAUCUUUUUUCGAAAAUUUUAGCGAGCAGAAACUAGUCAAUAUGGAAUCCAAUACGCACAUUUCUCACAAAUCUCACCGGUGUUUCUGGAGAACAAAGCGAUCGUUUCUUGAAACGGUCAAGAGUUGGAGAACUCCAUUGGUUUUGUUGGUUUUGGGAUGGUGUAUUGUUUCUAGUGCUGCAUUCAAUACGGAUGUGUCCUCUCCGAUUAUUCGACACGGACCUGAUGGGAGCUAUUUUGGAUAUUCACUUACCAUGCAUAGGGAGAUGGGUGAGAACAUGUUACUAGUUGGUGCACCAAGAGCUCAGACAAAUCAACCUGGUGUAGUCGCUGGGGGCGCCCUCUACAAGUGUCCAUUGAGGUCCUUAUCAACCUACGAAGAUUGCCAUCAAGUAUCCUUAGACCCUGAAGGUAACUUGAUGCAAAAUGGGGAAGAAAUAACGAACAAAUCCGGUCAAAUGUUCGGAGCGUCCGUCCACAGUGGAGGAGCUGAUGAACCUGUAGUAGUGUGCAGUCCACUCUUCACCCGGUUCAUCCAUCCAACCUCUUCGGAGAGUACGACGAGGGACCCAAUAGGUGCUUGUUUAAUCACCAAACGAAACUUCACAGAGAUUCAUGAAUUCAUGCCCUGCAAUAACACUGACUCAGAGAAAUCACUGGGGUGUCAGGCGGGUCUCAGCGCAGCAGUAGCAGAUGGUGAGAUACUAGUAGGAGCUGCAGGAAACUUCGAAGCAAAGGGACAAGUUCAACUUGUAUCUUUGUAUGAUGGACAGCUAGGUUCACAUUCUUCCGGAGAGCCAAAGUUACUAAAGGACAGUGAUUACAAAGGGUACUCUGUGGCAUUCGCUGACUUUGAUGGUGAUACUUAUAACGAGUACGUAGUCGGGACGCCCCGCGCAGCUCAGAACCGUGGCACGGUUUCUAUUUUAGAUUUGGCAUUGGACGCAAUGAAAGUGAUGGAAGGUUUUGAGAUGGGGGAGUAUUUUGGACACUCAGUCCUCGGAUCAGACCUAAAUGGCGACGGCUAUGAUGACAUGAUCGUCUCUGCGCCUAUGUACAGUAAUAUGCAAGAUAAACGACAUGAAGUUGGUCGUGUCUACGUCUACACAAAUAACAGAGACGGUUCCUUUGAGUCACCGCAGAUCCUUGAGGGAAAGCAAGCUGGAGGUAGAUUUGGCUUCUCUAUCGCCCCACUCGGCGACGCUAACAGAGAUGGUUUCAAAGAUUUAGCCAUAGGAGCCCCUCAUGAUGGUGAUACCGGACUUGGUCGGGUGUAUAUCUUCCACAGCUCUGGAAGGGAAGGACUAUACCAAUCAGCAACACAGGUGCUUGACCCUUUGACCUUAGGUUUGACCCUGCCGACCUUUGGCUUCUCUCUAUCUUCUGGAAUGGACAUGGAUAAUAAUCAGUAUCCGGAUCUCGCUGUUGGGAUGUACAAGGCGUCAACAGUGGCUCUGUUUAGGUCGCGACCGGUUGUGAACGUCUCUUCAAAUAUCAUUGUCGAUCUUGGAACCGGGAUCCGAUUGAAGGAGCGUAAUUACCGGCUUCUAAGUGGUGCCCUGGUACUAGGGUUCAACGUUACUCUCUGCUUAUCAUUUGAUGGGAUAAAUGUACCGGAUGAAAUUACUUUGGACUAUGAGUUGAUAGCAGAUGCUAAACUCCCAGUCAGUCAGCGAUGCUACUUUGAACUGCUUGGUCAGCCCGACGCAGCUUCUAUCCAGGAUCGAGUCACGCUGUCAACCGGGACAGAGAUAUGCCUCUCUCACGUUGCCUACAUUCCGAAUUCCAUCCAGGACAAACUCACCCCCAUCACCAUGCGGGCCAACUACACCCUCAUCACAGACCAGCUCAACGGAACUGUCUUAGAACCAGCUGAUAUACAACCUAUACUCAAUAACAACAUCCCUGCCUCGGCAUCUCUGACAGUUCCAAUCCUGAGAAAUUGCCAAAAUGUUACAUGUGUGCCAGACCUGAGACUUAGUGUCACAAAGAAUCUUGAAAAGUUAUUCGUUGGAGACCGAAAGAACAUAAUUAUGAUCAUCACCAUCACAAACCACGGCGAGGAUGCGUACCAAUCUAAACUCAGGAUUCAUACCCCUACAGAGCUUGUUUUUAAGAAGGCUGAACAACUGCGAUUGACUCACGAUUUCAUUUCUUCCUGUUCCAAUGACCUACAACUUUCUUUAGUCACGUGCUCUGUGGGGAAUCCCCUGCCAGCUGAUUCAGAACUUAAACUUCGCGUUGAAUUCGAGAACGUGAACCUGUCGGGACAAGUUGACCUCUUGACCUUUUCCAUGCAGGUUCUAAGUGUUGAGGCGGAACGUGAAAACACAAGGAGAGACAACCAAAUGGAUAUUCUUAUACCAGUCGAGAUAGAUGCCUCUAUGGAACUGAUUGGGUUAUCUAAUCCUCAAGAAGUAAUUUUCCACCCUGAGAAAUAUCCCCUUGAUCGGAGCAUCAACUCUUACGAUGACAUUGGGCCUGAAGUCAGCCAUUAUUUCUCGCUUAUUAAUAAAGGCCCAUCUCAUAUUGGUCCAGCUACCGUCCAUAUCGAAUGGCCUCUAUUCACGAAUAAUGGCAGCAUUUUGCUGCUCCUCACAAAGGCUUCCAUGAACAAUGGUCAAAUGUGCACUGUCAACGCAUACGUGAGCCCAGCAAAAUUACCGAUGCGAACGGGUGUAAUGUACGAGGACACAGGUUUUCAUCCUGACCAAUCGUAUUGCAGGGAUGUCACCCGGUCGCUCAUGUCGCGCCAUUUGCAAUGCUGCUCCCUCGGUAACUGCGCGACCAUAACGUGUAGACUGGACAGCCUUCUGGCCACGAGCUCAGCGAAAGGGGAGGUCGUUAUUACUGUCAAAUCAAGGUUAUGGAUGAAUACGUUACUCCAGGAAAACAUCAAAGAUUUGAGGAUAUCAUCUCGAGCCUCGGCUGUAGCCAAGGGUAGUUACUACACCAUUCAAUUUGAUGAUAAUCCUGUUUCUAAUUACACGAUAACAACCGAAAUAUCGGAAUAUGUGGAAGAGGACGACCGGACGAUUCACAUUCCCAUUUGGAUCUACAUAGUAGCCGCAUCUGUGGGACUCCUUAUUGUUGUUCUUUUAAUUCUUAUUUUAUGGAAGAUUGGGUUCUUCAAGAGGAAAAAGAUCACCCCGGAACAGCGGAAGAAAAUAGGACACCCCGAACCAUCAAGAUCACAAAAGUACGACCCCUACAGAUACACAUCAUGUCGGUCUAUCCCAAAUUGAUAUUAAUUCUGCGCACCGUCGUGUUGCGAAGUUACUCUUUGUAUUUUUGUCUUUAAAAGGCUGAUACCAAAAACGUUACAUCUUUGAGUGCCAUUUCUCGAGAUGUAGAUAUUCAUACAGAUAGAAUAGCUUGAAAUCCUUUGAAUGUUUUUUUUUGUGUGACAUUGAUAUAGUAAUAUAUUGCAUUUGAAAUAUAUUGGAAUCUGCAAUAACUUUUCGAGUCUUUCCGAAAUGGCUUCCAAUUUGUUUCUACUUGCCAAAUUAAUGCUCAUGAUAAUGAAAUGGAAUGACUGCUAUACUGGAAGUGAAAUAAUUGUGUCAAAUGUAAUGUAAUUGAAUGAAAUCUCUUGUAAAAUAUCAGGUGGAUAUUUUUGGCCAUAUGUAUGAUACUAUUCGCAUUAUUGUUCCUUAAUAACUUGAAUGGUAUGGUGAUGGCGUUGAGGUUAAUAAUAAUCAUGGCUGAAGUUUAUAUGUUAUUGUAUAAUUCAUAAACCUUAUUGAUUUUUUUUUAUAAAUAUACAAAAACAUGGACCGAAAUCAUCCAAAAUCAGACUGAUUCAGAUUCGCACAUUUUCUGGGAUUGGGUCAACUUUGGCUUGAAAUUCAGGUAUUCUGAACACCAGAUAAGAUUAUGUAAUCGGCUCGAAUAUGGUGUCCAUAAUCAUACAUAUUGAAAGAGUUAUAUCCUACUUUGAAGGCGCAAUAAAGAUACAUUUACUGACUGCUGAUACUAUUCCAAAUCUGACUGAUUUGGAUUUACGCAAUUUUUUGGGAUUGGGUCAAAUUCGAAUCUGAAAACGGGUUAUUGGAAAUCCGGGGAACAGAAAUAAUUGUCUUGAAAAGACUUGAAAAGGAUACAUAUGCAUUUCAUAGGAUAUUGCCUACUUAGCACGCGUAAAAGAGAUGCGUUCGGUAAUGAAAACAAAGAACAGCCUAUACAAAUACCCGGAAUCAGAUUGAUUCAGAUUUGUGCAUUUCAUGGGAACGGGUCGUUAUCGGUUUGGAUAUCGGAUACUUUGAAGACCGGACAACAGAAGAAAUGGUAUCCAAUAUGGACUAAAACAUCUUGUGGAAGUGUUGCAUCACCCUUUUUUCUUUUUUUUUCUCUCUUUGAUCCAUGGCAUGCCUUCCUGCAUGAAUCGUUGCUUACAAAAUUUAGAGUAGAAAUAAUAUUUAUUUCAUUGUAUUUGUGUUGUAGAACAAAUGACCCAAAAUAAUGAUUAAAUCGGGUUUUCUGUAAUCAUGAUCUAAAAAGUCCAUAAUUCUUACUUCAUAUGCAGGAAGGUCCAGGAUCAUAGCAGACAAUAAAAUUUAAAAGUGUCCAUGUUAUAUGAAGAGGUUUUGCAUAAAUACAAAAUAUUAUCAAGGCUCAGGGGCGGAUCCAAGAUUUUGCAAGGGGUGGGGACAUUUUCGUUCAGAAAAUCAAUACUUUUGCAAUUGAAAACUUCCAUCUGGUAUUUCGCAAUUAAAAUAUCCUUGGUUGUACAACUUAUA